AUGCCCCCCCCGCCGGCCAGCCGCCCCUGGACUGGCUGCUCACCGACCGCGGCCCCUUCCACCGCGCCCAGGAGUACGCUGACUUCAUGGAGCGCUACCGGCAGGGUUUCACCACCAGGUACAGGAUCUACAGCGGCAAUUCUCUCUGGCAACUUCAAGACCUUGCUUGCUCAGAUGAAAGUGGUCACAGACAACUGGGAGUUUGCCCGUUGGAAAGUAAACAACUUGGCUCUGGAAAGGAAGGACUUCUUCAGUUUGCCAUUGCCUCUUGCCCCAGAAUUUAUCCGGAACAUUCGCCUCCUCGGAAGGAGACCCAACCUACAACAGGUUACCGAAAACCUGAUCAAAAAGUACGGCACUCAUUUCUUACUUUCUGCCACCCUUGGAGGAGAGGAGUCUCUGACCAUUUUUGUGGACAAGCGAAAACUGAGCCGCAAGACAGAGACAGCAGGAAGUGUGCCUGUGGUCGGGGGCAGUGGAAACAGCUCUGCUGUGUCCCUGGAGACCCUGCACCAGCUGGCAGCCUCCUACUUCAUCGACAGAGAGAGCACACUGAGGCGGCUGCACCAUAUCCAGAUAGCCACGGGCGCCAUCAAGGUCACGGAGACCAGGACUGGCCCCUUGGGCUGCAGCAACUACGACAAUCUGGACUCUGUGAGCUCGGUCCUGGUGCAGAGUCCGGAGAACAAAGUGCAGCUGCUCGGCCUGCAGGUGCUGCUGCCCGAGUACCUGCGUGAGCGCUUUGUGGCCGCGGCCCUCAGCUACAUCACGUGCAGCUCUGAAGGCGAGCUCGUCUGCAAGGGCAAUGACUGUUGGUGCAAAUGCAGCCCCACCUUCCCGGAAUGCAACUGUCCCGAUGCUGACAUCCAGGCCAUGGAGGACAGCCUACUGCAGAUCCAGGACUCUUGGGUGACCCACAACCGGCAGUUUGAGGAGUCAGAGGAAUUCCAGGCCCUGCUGAAGAGGCUGCCUGACGACAGGUUCCUGAACUCCACGGCCAUCUCCCAGUUCUGGGCCGUGGACACCAGCCUUCAGCACCGCUACCAACAGCUGGGAGUCAGCCUGAAGCUGCUGGUCAAGAAGACACAUCGCAUUGUCCGCCGGCUCUUCAACCUCUGCAAGCGCUGCCACCGGCAGCCUCGCUUCCGCCUGCCCAAGGAGAGGUCUUUGUCCUACUGGUGGAAUCGAGUCCAGUCCCUGCUCUACUGUGGAGAGAGCACGUUCCCUGGCACCUUCCUGGAGCAGAGCCACAGCUGCACCUGCCCCUAUGACCAGUCCUCCUGCCAGGGCCCCAUCCCGUGUGCCUUGGGGGAGGGGCCAGCGUGCGCCCACUGUGCUCCGGACAACAGCACGCGCUGUGGGGGCUGUAACCCAGGCUAUGUGCUAGCCCAGGGCUUGUGCCGGCCAGAGGUGGCUGAGUCCCUGGAGAACUUUCUGGGGCUAGAGACAGACCUGCAGGACCUGGAGCUGAAGUACCUGCUGCAGAAGCGGGACAGCCGCAUUGAGGUGCACUCCAUCUUUAUCAGCAACGACAUGCGUCUGGGCAGCUGGUUCGACCCUUCCUGGAGGAAGCGCAUGCUGCUCACCCUGAAGAGCAACAAAUACAAGCCUGGGCUAGUGCACGUGAUGCUGGCCCUGUCCCUGCAGAUCUGCCUCACCAAGAACAGCACCCUGGAGCCUGUCAUGGCCAUCUAUGUCAACCCUUUUGGGGGCAGCCACUCUGAGAGCUGGUUCAUGCCUGUGAAUGAGGGCAGCUUCCCCGACUGGGAGAGGACUAACGUGGAUGCAGCCGCCCAGUGCCGAAACUGGACGAUCACCUUGGGAAACAGGUGGAAGACCUUCUUUGAGACUGUCCACGUUUACCUCCGGAGCCGAAUCAAGUCCCUGGAUGACAGCUCCAAUGAGACAAUCUACUAUGAGCCCCUGGAGAUGACCGAUCCCUCCAAGAACUUAGGAUACAUGAAAAUCAACACCUUGCAGGUCUUUGGCUACAGCCUACCUUUUGACCCGGAUGCUAUCCGGGACUUAAUUCUCCAGUUAGACUACCCAUACACUCAAGGUUCCCAGGACUCUGCCCUCUUGCAGCUCAUAGAGCUUAGGGACCGGGUAAACCAGCUUUCUCCACCUGGCAAGGUCCGGCUUGACCUUUUCUCCUGCCUGCUCCGGCAUCGGCUCAAACUGGCCAACAACGAGGUGGGCAGGAUCCAGUCCUCCCUGAGGGCUUUCAAUUCCAAGCUGCCAAACCCUGUGGAGUAUGAGACAGGCAAACUCUGUAGCUAAUGGGGGCCCCCUUCCAGUGCUGGGCAGGGAGGUGAUCCAGGGUGAUCCAUGAAAUCCAGGGUGCAAAGAUCAUCCAAGCCCUCACCUUAGUGCCAACAGGGUUCUCCCUUGAGACUUUCAGCACCCAGCAGACAGGACCUCAGGGCUUGGACUGAAGCAGGCAGGAGAGAAAGGAAGCGCUACUGCACACGUGCACAUGCUCACGAUGUGCAUGUGCGAGCACACACACACACACGCGUGCAAACACACACACUCUCACUCACACAGGGAGGCUACCCCUGAGCAGCCUCAAAUCUGUAAAGUCGGUGCUUUCAAAUGAAUGCAGUUGAAAGAGAGGAGCCAAGGGAGAGAUUAAGAAAAAGAACCAGCCAAACCAUGAAAAAACAAAUCCUUAAAAGUGAUUCUUAUCAUUCAAGAAGGCAAGAGGGGGCACAGCGGUAGGAGUGGGAGUAGCUCCUCCUCCCUCUCCGUGGAGUCACUUUUGUAUUCUUUUUAACCAGAUUUCUUAAAAUGGCGUUGUUUCGUGAUUCCCCACGUUGGUUCUUACUUUUUGUACGCUGCUUCGUCUGCACCCUCCAGACACUGACUGCCUCUCAAGCCGGCUCCCCUGAGAACCUCAAGGUGAUACCAACAGAGAACCGUAAGGGCAGGCAGGCAGGCUUGCUCUGCUCCCCACUCCUCCCUCCCUCUGGCCCCCCUGCUUCCUCAGCCUCCCCACUUUGCUCCGUGUACCCUCGUGGUCCAGCCGGAGCUCCUCUUCCAACAGCACCCAUUCUGCCCAAGAAAGCAGCUCUGUCAAGUUAGAAAGAGACAAUGUAUAGGGAAAUGUUCUUUUUUAAAAACGAAACAAAAACAAAACAAAAAUAUUUAUUUUGUGAUUGUUUUCUUUGUCAAUCUGC